AUUUCUACGAUAUUGCUCGUGGUUGUUUGUCAGAAAGAAGUUAACUUCUUAAGGUGCCAGAAUAUUUUAACAGAUGUACCAUGCAAGCAGUCAAGAUCUUAUUUGGCUUCCUGCUGCCGCUCUCGUUGCUAAAUGGAAUUGAAUCUGCCUGCAAUUACUUUCAAAAGUUAGAAGCUGGACAAACAUAUUAUGUGUAUAACCCUGGCUUUCCCUAUAACUAUAAAGGUGAAAAUCAUUGCACGUGGCAAAUGGAAAGUCCUUUUAAUGUCAAAAUAAAUUGCAGUGUUGAUAUGCCUGCGUUUGUUAAUGGUUGUACUCAAGAUACUCUUUCUAUCCAAAUUGCUGGAAAAAGUAUGGAGAAAUACUGUGGUUUUGGUUCAAUCAUUCUUGAAGGAAAAAAUCCGAUUAUAAAAUUGGACUCACCCUAUAAUACGCAAGGAGGUCGAUUUUUAUGCGAAAUUCGAGCAGAAAAUCCGUUUGAUGAAAAUAAUUGCAAAUGCGGUUGGAAGAAAGUAACUAGAAUUGUAGGUGGUAACGAAACUGGAAUAAAUGAAUAUCCUAUGAUGUGUGGACUCGUCGAUAGCACUAAUAAAAUAAUAUAUUGUGGUUGUACCAUAAUAUCUCAACAAUAUGUAGUGACAGCAGCUCAUUGUAUGGAGAAUAGAGAUAUCAAUACGAUUGGUGUUAUUGUUGGUGAACAUGAUGUAACCACAGGUAGAGAGACCAAUGCAACUAAAUUGUUCCGCGUGAAUAAAUGCACAAUGCAUCCUUAUUACAAAGACUUUCACAACGAUAUAGCUGUUUGUAAGAUUAGCGGAAACAUAACAUAUAGUGCUGAGGUUGGCCCAGUCUGCUUACCAUUUCAACAUAAGCGAGACACGUUCGGAGGUGCCAUUGUGGAUGUGUUGGGUUGGGGUUUGCUUGAAUUUGCUGGCGCCAAAUCGACUACGCUACAAAAAGUAAAAUUAAAUGUGAUAAAUCCUAUGAAAUGCCAAUAUUAUUAUCCUGACCUAACUGAUAAGAAUAUAUGUACUUAUACUCCGGGAAAGGAUUCUUGUCAGAUGGAUAGUGGUGGACCUAUCUUAUGGCAAAAUCCUACUACACUUAAUCUUGUAUUAGUUGGUAUUACAUCCACUGGUAUUGGUUGUGGUUCAAACGAACCUGGUAUCUCAACACGUACAGGAGCUUUUAUUGAUUGGAUAAUGUCUGUAACACCUGAUGUACAAUAUUGUAAAGUAGAAUGAGUUUUGCAUGGCUAAAAAGAAGAAUUGAUUUGUAGAAUUAUGGAUCUGUAUCACAUACUUUCUGCAUGUUUUUGCGAUUAUUUUAAAAUAUAUUUAUAAAUGUUUAUAACGGGCAUUAAAUAUCAAUUAUAGUAAAGAUAUUUAAUUAUACAAUUGCUCUGUGAUUGAAAUAUAAGGUUUCAAUUAAAAUUGUAUUUGUCAUAAUAAAACAUUAGCAAA